UAUAUCCAGCAUUGUGUAUCCAGUCUUCUUCAGUGAGUUUUGGUUGUUUUGAGGCUAAUUACACCUGCUACAAUAAAUAAAUCGAUAAUGAAAGUGUUAUACUUCCUACUGAUUUUUUUGUUGGCCUAUGCUGCUGCAACCCAGGCUUUGCCAUCUCACCAAACAUCUGAUGGUGCAGAUAUGGAUGGAACCGUAGAAAGCGUAGAUGAAGUCAGGGCGAAAAGAGGUUUCGACGACAGAGAAAGUUCAUCAUUGAGGGACAAACGAGAAAUUGAGGGAUCUGUUUAUUUUCGCCAGUGGCUUUCUACCAAAACUUUGAUUGGCGGUAUCCGUUUCGCAUGUAGUCUCCUGAUGAGAUGUCUAGCUGGCGUAUCUUUCCCAGGGGAAAGGUUUCUGCCAGGGGGAAGUUUCAACAGUUUCGCAGGAUCUAUGAAAAUAAGAAUUUCUGAAUUCCAGAAAAUAAUAUUCUGAAAAUUUGUAAAUCAUCUGUAAAGUGUUGCCAGUUGGGUCGGUAUUUUCAUCGAAAGAACAUUCGGAUCCUUCAUUAUUUCCUUAUAUCUAUUCAUAAAUUCAAGAAUAACCAAUAAUAUGACUUAUGACAUAUUAGUUUGAUUUUUUUCGCUUUAAGCUGCAGUUAAUAAUUUGCAUUUCAGAUGACGGAAUAGAACAAGAUGCUCUGAAUUGGCUCACCCACUAUUUGAAGGGAUCUGGUUUGAUCCGGAUUAUUUGUUUCAUUUUUAUAGGGUACACGAGAUCCCUUCCUGCCAUGAUCAGAAAUACCUUGUUUUAGUUCUCCC